GAUUCGCAGCGGAUCGGUAACGGAAUCGUGUGUGUUUUGGCCAUAUCUCUGUAUAUAAUAAAAAUGCGUCGAAUCCGUCGGUGGUUAUGUUAAGUGCCCAAAAGAAAAAUCUAUAUAGCAAAAGCUGUGAAAAUAGAAAUCAGCCAUAAUGGAGUUGACUUUGGUCACGUUAAAUUGGUUCGAUGUGAUUUCCGUGGCGCUGACAUUUCUGGUGAUAUUUCUGGUGCAAGUGCUCAACGUAUAUUUGCAUAUACUCAACGAUAAAGCCGAUAAUAAUGCCAAGUCCAUCGAUGUGGUUGACAAGGCGCGCAAGGAAUGUCCGAUACUGGAGUCAUCCGGCUCACCGAUAACCGCGACGCCGCCAAAGUCACCAACGAGCUCCAAUGGCAAGCUGCUGGAGAAGCAAGCCAGUUUGCUGGAUAACGAUAGCGGCAUCUCAUUGAGUUCCAUCAGCAGCACCACCUGUGCGUCGAAUCCAUCUCCAACACACCGAUAUUCACACAAUGGUUUCCACACUUUCCCCUCGCACACGCUCAGCUUUGAGACCCUGGGCGAUGAGUAUCACGAGGAUGAGGAUACACUGUCGCUGGAGAAUUUGUUUCCAUGCGAUCAAACCGAGAUCUAUGCCUCCAAGAAGAUCAGCUUCAUCAUUGACGAGCUCAUCCAGACGGAGGUGAACUAUGUGAACAAUUUGAAGAAGGGAUUGCUCAACUAUGGCCAGCUGAAGGAUGUGGAGGAUGUACCAGAGGGUCUGAGUGGUGGCCAACAAAAGCUGCUUCUGGGCAAUAUUGCAGAGAUACUGGAGCUCCACGAACAGGAGAUUCUGCCGUUGAUGUUGCGCAAUCAGCGGGAUCUCAAGGGUCUCUUCGAUGAGUUUGCCAUACACUUUGAGAAAAACCGCUUCUAUUGCUAUGUAAGCUUUACCAUGGGCAAGAAAUCCUCUAUGCAGCUGCGACAGGAGCAUCGGGAGUGGUUGCAGACCUAUCAAACUUCGAUAAAAGACAAGCUGGGCAUCGAUAGCUUCCUAGUUCAACCCAUCCAAAGACUGACCAGAUAUCCUUUGCUCUUGCAGCAAUUUAUAUCGGAAUUCUACAAGAGUGGAAUUAGCUGCAAGCCUGUCCUGACGGCAGUUUGCAAGCUGGAGACGCGCAUGAGACGUGCUCUGGAUGUGGUCAACCAGGCCGAGGAGAUACCCAAUAUAGAGGAGCUCAAUGAGCUGGAUCUUCUGCAAUUGGGCAACUUCCGUCGAUCUACAGAGUUCGAUGCCCAUCACUUUCCCACCCGCAAAAAGUAUCGGGCCAAGAUCUUUCUCUUCGAUCGCAGUUUGGUUUGCACCGAAGUCCGUAAGAAAAAGCUGUCCUUCCGGCAGCACUACCUCUGGGAGCAUGUGGAGCUGCAGCGACCCUUGGAGCUGGCCACCUCCAAUGCCAACAAGACCAUCAAUCUGCUGGUGAAGCAGCAGGAGGGAAGUAGCUCCACAAGUGCUUCCAGUGGCAAGCGGGAGGAGUUCUCCUUUGUGGCCUCCGAGGCGGCGGUGGUGAAGCAAUGGCUCCAGGCCACCCACAAGAUCAUUGAGAUUGCGAGGAACGAGCAUGCUCGCAGGAAUACCUUCAGUCUGCCCAUGGAUCUGGUCAUCGGUGUGGUGAUAUCCAUUUGGCUAAUAUGGCAGUACUUGUAGGAGAUAUCGCAACCAUAUCCCUGUUCCUGUUCCUGUUCCUGGUGACCACACACCCCACUCCACAACCCAUCCCAUCUAGUUCGUAGAUUUCUCAGAAUAAAGCUAAGUUAUUUCGUAGUCUUGAA